GGAAAAUGUUAGUAUCAUUCCAUAAUUCUAUACUUUUAUCCCUUUGUGUUCUCCUCCUGGGGGUGAAUUUUGGGGCUGCAGAUUGUGGCUGUGGUGCUGCAAAUCGAGAGAAAGCAGCAGAAAAAUACCUCGAAAGGGCAAAUUCUGAGCCAAGUACAGCAGAAGAAUCUCAUGAUGAUAUCAAGGAAACGAUAAUACACAUCACUCCUCGAAGUGUUCGACCGCAAGAAGAAGACUUGGAAGCUACAAUGUCUCUGAUUCCCGGAGGAGACUACACCAUUGGCACAAACAAGGCUGUUUUUGAGGCAGAUCUUGAGUCUCCAGAGAAGAAAAUUCACGUAGACAAUUUCUACUUGGACAAGUAUGAAGUCUCCAAUGAGAAGUUUAGAGAAUUCGUGGAUGCCACAGGAUACAAAACUGAAGCAGAGAAGUUUGGGGAUAGUUUCGUUUUUGAAGGCUUCCUGGAUGAUGCCACGAAGGAGGAGAAUAAAGAUUUUCGAGUUGUGGGAGCUGAGUGGUGGUAUAAGAUUAAAGGAGCCAACUGGGAGCAUCCGGAGGGUGAAGGAAGUGAUCUAACGGGACGUGAAAAUCAUCCAGUGAUUCAUGUGUCCUGGAGAGAUGCUGUAGCAUAUUGCAAGUGGCGUAAGAUGAGACUUCCCACGGAGGCUGAAUGGGAAGUUGCAUGUCGUGGGGGGAAGAAGCAGAGACUCUUCCCCUGGGGUGAUAAACUUAUGCCUCAGGAUAAACACUGGCUGAAUAUAUGGCAAGGAGAAUUUCCCCAAGGAAAUUCCAAGGAAGAUGGAUUCAUGGGAACAUGCCCUGUGGACCAAUUUCAUCAGAACUCCUACGACUUGUUCAACAUCGUGGGAAAUGUGUGGGAAUGGACAGCUGAUCUUUGGAAUCCGGAAGAUGUUGAAAAGAAGCCAGAGAAUCGCAAUAGAGUGAAAAAGGGCGGUUCUUAUCUCUGCCACAAAUCCUACUGCUACAGAUAUCGCUGUGCAGCACGAUCUCAGAACACAGAAGACAGUUCUGCAGGAAAUCUUGGCUUCAGGUGUGCUAGGGAUGCUUCUAGGGAGUGAUUUUGGAGAAUAUUGCUUAUCCAGACAGUACUUAAAAUCCCAUUUUUUGUACAAUUUCUAUAUUAAUUAAAUAAAAUUUAUCAGAGUUGA